CACAAGACAGCUGUGGCAACAAGAACAUGUGAUUCUUUAUCAUCUCUAGAUAUUUAACAUUAUCCUGCAGCAUGGCCCAGGGUGAGAGGCUGAGCUCAGAGGAGGAGGCCCUCAUCCGCAGCGUCUUCAAGAACUAUGUGCUGGAGCAUCACUCUGAGGAUAUCACCCAGGUCAUCACCGAAGCUGACGUGCACACUCACCAUCCCAUAAUUGUCAAUGCCAUGAACCUAUUUGAAGCAAACAUGGAAGUUGGGGACUAUUUUAAUGUGUAUCCCAGGGAAGUCUUGGUUCUUUUUGACGAAGUUUUACAACAAACUGCUCUGGAGCUUUCAAGAAAUGGCCAGCAGAGGGGAGCAGAGCAGAGCCCAAUGUGCACACUUCAUGCCCGGAUCUCAGGUUUACCUGUAUGCCCUGAGCUCACCAGAGACACUAUCCCUAGAUCCAGAGAUGUGGGUCAUUUUCUCUCAGUCACUGGCACAGUCAUUCGAACUAGUGAUUCUAAGGUUCUAGAGUAUCAGCGCGACUACAUGUGUGCUAAGUGUCGUUACGUUUUUCAAGUCAGUGCUGAGUUUGACCAGUUCUACACUUUUGUCCCUCCUGUGGCCUGUCCCAACCCUGACAGCUGCGAGUCCCACAAAUUCAGCUGCCUCUCUGGGGACACAGAGCCCGCUGCCUGCAGAGACUACCAGGAGAUCAAGAUCCAAGAGCAGGUCCAGCGGCUGUCAGUGGGCAGUAUUCCACGCUCCAUGCUCAUCGCUCUGGAGGAUGAUUUGGUGGACUCUUGUAAAUCAGGAGAUGAUGUGACUGUCUAUGGAAUUGUGUGUCAGCGCUGGAAGCCUUUCACUGAGGGCUCUCGUUGUGACGUGGAGCUCAUCCUUAAGGCCAACCACAUCGAGGUGAACAACCAGCACACGGCCAUCUCUGUGCUGCUGGAGGAGGCCCACAGGGACAUGGAGGACUUCUGGGACACUUACAAGCUCAACCCUCUGGCUGGUAGGGACCAGAUCUUGAUGAGUUUUUGCCCACAGAUAUUUGGGAUGUAUGUGGUGAAACUGGCUGUUGCUAUGGUGAUGGCUGGAGGGGUACAGAGGAUAGACUCUACAGGAGGCAAAGUUAGAGGAGAGUGCCACAUGCUUUUGGUGGGCGACCCGGGUACAGGGAAGUCUCAGUUCCUUAAAUAUGCAGCAAAAGUCAUGCCUCGCUCUGUGCUCACAGCUGGGAUUGGGUCUACAAAUGCAGGCCUGACUGUAGCAGCUGUAAAGGAUGGGGGAGACUGGCACUUGGAGGCGGGAGCUUUGGUCUUGUCCGAUGGGGGCUUGUGCUGCAUAGAUGAAUUUAACAGUAUCAAAGAACAUGACCGCAUCAGCAUACAUGAGGCUAUGGAGCAGCAGUCCAUCAGUGUUGCCAAAGCUGGUAUGGUGUGUAAGCUGAACACCAGAACCACCAUCCUGGCAGCCACCAACCCCAAAGGCCAGUACGACCCUGCCCAGUCCCUGUCAGAGAACGUGGCCCUGGCCAGCCCUCUGCUCAGCCGCUUUGACCUGGUGCUGGUUCUAUUGGACAGCAGGAACGCAGAGUGGGACCGCACCAUCUCCUCAUUCAUCUUGGAGGACAGAGGAUGCCCAGGACAGCCUGCAGACUCAUCCAGCCUGUGGCCUAUAGACAAGAUGAAAGCAUACUUCUGUUUGAUUAAACGACUGCAGCCCCAGCUCUCACAGGAUGCCAACAGAGUCCUGACCAGUUACUACCAACUGCAAAGACAGAGCCAAGGACGCAACGCCCGCACCACUAUCCGUAUGCUGGAGAGCCUGAGCCGAUUGGCCGAAGCACAUGCCAAACUCAUGUACAGGGAGACCGUCACAAUUGAAGAUGCUAUCAUGGCGGUGUCUGUCAUGGAGUGCUCUAUGCAGGGUGGCGCUCUUCUUGGGAGUAUGAAUGCAUUACUGACAUCUUUCCCUGAGGAUCCCGUGGAGCAGUACAGGACUCAGUGCCAGCUCCUGUUAGAGGGACUCCACCUGCCCCAGCUGCUGCAGAAAGAGAUGGACAGACUUUUAGCACACGCAGGCAGCUGAGGAACUUAUGCAUUUAUACAGACAUUUUAUAUGAAUUUACAAUAAUCUGUGGUAUUUUUACUCCUUAUUUUAAAUUUUAUAUAUCAUGACAUAGUGUAAAUAAACUGUACACUGUUUGAUUAAGUCUGGGGGUUGAGCCGUGGGGAGUGUGUGUAUUUUUUUGGUGCGGAUUCUGCUACAUGCUUUUCUCUAUGGAAAUGUUAUUUUUUUGAUUGGAAUGUUCCACACUAUGGUAUUAGACAUAUCUAUAUAUCAUUUAUUUUCUUAUGUUUCCUAUUGUUAAAAAACACCUUGAUGAACAUUUAUUCCUAUUGUUAGUGGCUUGCCUCUCCGCAGACCUGACCUGUACGACCUGAAGAUAGAUGGGUUUAAUGCCAUACUGUGAACCAUUCUAGGCAAAGUAAUAGAGCCUUGACCAGAAAAAAUAUCAGAUGAUCAUGUAAAUUAAGUCAGUUCUUCUCAAUAGCCAGGUCUUAGUUAUUGCAUUCAGACAACACUUCUGUUUGAGAUGGAAAGCACAAAAAACAUUAUGCCGUUCUAUGUGCAUAUAAUGGAGGAACUGUAUACAUUUGAGUAUGAUUUACAAAGGAAGAUUGAUCCAUCUGU